AUGGAUAUGGAAUUUGUAGGCUCUGACAUGACUAUAUUAUCCAUAACUGACCCAGGUCCUAGCAGAGGAAGGGCGGGGCGGAGAAAGCUUGAAGAUGGUGAUAACAAAGAACUCAAAUCAAAGAACCUCCAUGCCGAGAGACGAAGGAGGCAGAAACUCAGUGAUAGGCUAUUGACUCUGCGUUCAGUUGUCCCAAUAAUCACAAAUAUGAACAAAGCAACAAUAAUUGAGGAUGCAAUUACUUACAUCCAAGAACUGCAGAAGACUUCACAGGUUCUCAGUGACCAGCUACUCGAAAUGGAAAAAUCAUCUGGAGAGGGAAGAAAUUCAAAGAGAACUGAAGUUGAUGCUGCAGAAGAUAUGAAGAAAUGUGGGAUAAAGGAAGAAGUUCAGGUGAUCAAUAUUGAUGGGAACAAGCUUUUAUUAAAGAUUAUCCUGGAGAAGAAAAGGGGUUGCUUCACUAAAUUGAUGGAGGCCAUGAAUUAUCUUGGUUUUGAGCUCAGUGAAACCAAUGUUACCACCUUUAAAGGAGCAAUGCUUUUUUCAUCCUGCGUACAGGGAGCUUAUGGGGAUAAUCUCAUGGUUAAGCAGACCCAGGAGUUUCUGUCAGAGAUCAUCAGAAGAAUGAGAAACUGUUCUGAAUGUGCUAUUGAUGACAGUAAAAAUAUGACUCAAAGAAUUUUAUUGCUUAUCGUGGUUGAGAGGAAACCUUGA